UACACGAAAACUUAUAUACGAAGGAAUUUUCCCUUUUUAUUUAAUUUUGUACUCAACUUUAUCAUCGUAAAAAGUCGAGAAAAGUUCUAUAAAUUAAUGUUUACGAUUUCAUUGAUUUUCAUAACAACAAGAUGGAGAAGAUACCCACAACAGAUGAUGAUCUGACAGUCGAAUACCUAAACUCUGUUUUAACUGGCUUCCAAACAAUAACAUCGGUGACAGUUAAACAUCCAAGCACAUAUGGUACCACCUCUACAGUUAGAAAAAUAUUUCUAACCUAUGACAUCAAAAAAAAGAAUGGUGGAUUAUCUCCAGCCAGCAUUGUAGCAAAAUUUGGUAAACCAGCAAACGAGGUUCUAUUUAAUCAAUCGCCAGAAGAAGAUUUUCUGCGAAAUGGAGAGAUCUACAAGAAAGAAGUAAUGAUCAACAAAUUUUUAAAUGGAAGGGAUAUUGUACCAACGGUUUAUUACGCCAUUUGUAAUGAUAUUCAAGAUUUCGUCAUGCUGAUGGAGGAUUGCUCGCAUAAAGAUGAUGUCAAAGGAAAGGACCAAUCGAUUAUGAACAUAGUCGGCGUUGAUGAGGCACGUCUCAUCAUUCCCAAGCUAGCACGAUUUCAUGCAGAAUUUUACCAUAGAAACAGUGGGUCGCAUAUAUCUAAAGGUAUUUUAGGUGGAAAUACAGAUUUGUUUAUGAAAGAAAAGGGUUUAGAUUGGAUACCUGAAUGUUUUACAGUCUUCUAUUAUGUUACAUUUCGAACUGAAAGUUCUAAAGUUAAAGAGCUGGAUGAAUUCACAACAACCAGUGACAUCACCAUUCGUAAGUUUGCGAAAAGAGUUGAUGUAAUGUGGCAUAAAGCAUUUGAUAUAAUGUCAGGCAAACUUGAAAAACUUUCAGAAAUUUAUGCGGGUUAUAACAUCCCAGACAAAAUGAUUGCAAUUAAGCAAGGUAAAAGAAGUGUCGAAGAAAAUGUUUACGACUCUAUGAAAUUAUUUACAGAAGAAGCUGCCUUGACCCUCCUCCAUGGUGAUUUCCGAUCUGAUAAUAUUCUUGUUUACGAAAACCAAAUUAAGUUUAUAGACUGGCAGUUCGCCAGAAUUGGAUGUGGCUGCUUUGAUCUAUCUGCAUUCAUUUCAAAUUCCUUUGACUUAAAAGAUCUUGUUGACCACGAGGAAGAAUUACUCGAAUUGUAUGUCAGUGUUUUGCAAAACAAUGGAUGUGAUUGGUUAAGUUUGAGUGACAUCAGGAGGUGGUAUAGUCAUUCAAUGUGGAUCUCCUUCAAACGAGCGUUGGAUUUCGUAGUCUAUGUGCAGCAAUUAUCGACUGGUGAAGCCCAUAAUGAUGUUCUAAAAUUCAAAGUAUUAGAAGAAAAAAUGAUGCAGAAACUGGCCGUCUGUGUGUACAGGUUGUAUAAGAACUUUUAUGCUUAACAUGCAGCAUGUUACGAGAAAAUAAUAGAACAAGAUACAGUUCUUUAAAAAUCUCCAUCACAAUUGAACAAUUUACUUUGUAAUACGUAUAAAUUAAGCAUAGCAGGGAUUUGCACAUUUAGUAAUUUUAAUUUCGUACACUUUAUAUGCCAAUAUUAGUAGAGAAAUUAAAUUUUAAAGGCGAUACUAUAAUGAAAUAGAUAUAAAUCCUGUUUUUAGACAGAAUAAUUUGCCUUUUUAAAAGUUGUUGAUAGUUGGAACUCCAUACUAUUGAAGGAUAAAGGAGCUUAGAUUUACGCUAAAUAUUGCUUUGUGCUAAAUUGUCCAAGGUUUAAGUUUAAAUUUCCACCUUUUUAAACAAAUAAACAUGUACUUUCUUGCACGCAGAAGUAAUUCGAGACUCAGUGACACCAAUUUUGUUAUCGCAACUGCCAACAAGGAAGAGGUUUUGUUGUAAUUACGCGGGUCAUUGCUUUAAUAGUUCGACAACUUUGAGUCUGCGUUUUAUACACUUUUGUAUGUAUAUAGGUGUGACGGCCACGCCUUUUUUUAGAUUUUAGAAAUAUACGCUCGUGUAAGCAUCU